UAGAAUUGAUUCAGAAAACUUUAUUUUCCCUUCUUCCUUGAAGGAACCCGAAAGCUGAAAGGAGGAGGAGCUGAAAAGAGGUGGUACAUGGUGGGAAUUUCCCCAUUGCAGGCAUAUGAAUUGCCUUCCUGUUCUUCAGCAGUCUAGGUUCAACCUCUCCUAGAGUUUACUUUUUUUUGCAGGGGAAGUGGAGAGUCAGCAUGGCUGGGCGAGUAUUAGCCAAAUUUGUCGUCUCUUCUUUUACUGCUGAUUUGUUCUUCCUGUUGCUCUCUGCUAUGCAGUGUUCAGGGCUGAUUUGUGGACAAUUUGAAUAUCCCUUAUAUAAAAGAUGCUGCAAAGAGUGUGCUCCUGGUGAGGGAAUGAGAAACCGCUGCUCGCCAUCAUCAGAAACCGAGUGCGUCCCCUGCCAAGAUGGAUACUAUAACUCAAAGCAUAACUACUAUUCGUGCAAAAGGUGCACCAUCUGUGACACAGAUAGGGGAAGCAUUGAGGUGAAGAAGUGCGAUAAGAUCUCAGAUACAGUUUGCGUGUGCAUGAAGGGUUACACUCUAUACGACAGCGGAUCGUCAGAGGAAUCUCCAUCAGAAAAUGACUGCUUCCCUUGUCCUGAUGGGCAUUUUUCCAAUGGAAACAAUGACAGAUGUUGGCCCUGGACCAACUGCACCGCUUAUGGUAAAAAGACUCUGAGAGCUGGGACAAAAAUAGAAGAUGCCAUCUGUGAUGACCAGGACAAACAGGCCACCACACUCCAAACAUCCACCUUAUACCUCUCUAUCAUCAGCCGCAGAAGCAAUGGAUCUACUACAGCACCCACCCCCUUCACAUCCAAAGACCCCCUUUCCACCAUUCCCGUUAUAAAGGAGACUAACUGGGGGUCUUUAUCGCUCAUUUUGAUUUGCUUAACGUUGCUCAUGGUAUCUGGAAUGUCCAUCCUCCUCUUGAUUAUCCAGACGACCAAAAAGGAGAAGCCAAAGAGGCCUCCUGUGAAUGGACAACUUGAUGGAAGGAGCUUUCGAAUUCCUAUCCAGGAAGAGCAAAUCGACUCCAAUUCCAGCCUCAUCAAAAACUGAUUCCCUUUUAAACUACAGUGUACUGUCAUCUGAGCCAGUGGUGGCUCCGGGCACCAGCACUCCAAGCGUGUGCCUGGGGCGGCAAGACGCGGAGGGCGCCCUGCCGGUUCCUGCAAGGGCAGCAGUCAGGCUGCCUUUGGCGGCAUGCCUGCAGCAGGUCCGUGGAU